UGGCUUGACGUGUACCGACCUUUCGGCUACUACUAGGUCCAGCCCAGAGCAAUCUCUGGCAUGCGUCGCUCGCGCUUAGCCGCGCGCAGGCCCGACGUUGGCAAUAGAGGGAAUUGAGAGUAACCGUUUAAACCGAGUAAUCGGACAACGCAUUCUGAUGGCAACGCAUUCGCAUGCUCAGACGGGAAUAGCAGCAUGAGCGCGGCGCGGUGGUGGAAGGACGUGGGCGUGCGCACGUUGAUUCCAGUCAACGUUUCUUAGGCACUUCGUUAUUAGCGGCAUGAGCACGGCGCGGUGGUGGAAGGACGUGCGAGUGCGCACAUUGAUCCUCGUCAACGUCGCCGCGAUCGUCGAGAGGGCGGAUGAGUCGCUCCUUCCCGCCGUGUACAACGAGGUUGGUCGGGCGUUCCACGCUUCACCGAAAGACCUAGGCGCGCUCACUCUAGUGAGAGCCCUAGUGCAGGCGCUAGUCUGCCCGCUCUCGCCAUGGCUCUCCCUCUACAUGCCACGUGUCCACAUCAUCGCCUCGGGGGCGCUCAUCUGGGGCCUGGCCACGCUGGCGGUGGGCCUCGCCACGUCAUACCGCCAGGUCGCAUGGCUACGCGGGCUAAACGGCAUCGGCCUCGCUCUGGUCUUCCCUCCUAUCCAAUCACUCAUUGCUGACCUGGCGUCUCCGACCAAUCGCGGCGUGGCAUUCGGAUGGUUACAAUUCAUGACUUAUUUUGGAGACAUUCUGGGGUACAGCAUCGGAAUUACCCUGGCUGGGAUACCUGCCCGAACAAUAGCCAUCCUCUUUGGGUUUGGGAUGGAUGGAUGGCGGAUGGCAUUUCUUGUCGUAGCAGCAAUCAGUCUGCUGCUAGCAGCUUUUAUCUCCCUCUUUGCACAAGACUCUCCAAGACAAUUUCUUAUCGAAGACCUCUCUAACGAGGAUGCUCGGCGGAGAUGUCUAGAUGUGGAUUCUCUGGCCGAUUCGUGUAUCGACGGUUCUGAUCCCUCUUCAGCCACACAGCCCCUUCUUUUUCCCUCACAUGCCACCUCCCCCAAACCCACCUCCCCUGCUUCAACCCCGUCUACUUCCACCUCCUCCAAGGCUCCAUAUCAACCCUCCACACACACUCCAUCCCCCGUCCUCUCUCCAACCACUCCCUCCUCUCCCUCCUCUCCCCACUCCUCUCCCCUCUCCUCCCCCCACCACCCUCCUCCCUCCUCCCCCUCCUUCCUCUCAGACCUCUCACACGUCCUCCGCACUCCCUCCUUCCUCAUAAUAGUCGCUCAAGGCAUCGUAGGGUCCUUCGCCUGGGCCUCUCUCACCUUCCUCCCCAUGUGGCUGGAGCUUGUGGGUUUCUCCCACCCCUCCACCGCCCUCCUCCUCUCCUCUUUCACUGCUAGUUGCAGUUUUGGCGGUCUUUUUGCUGGCUGGUUCGGCGACUGGAUGAGCGCCACGUGGCGCGAUUCUGGCCGUGUGAUCUGUGCGCAGAUCAGCGCCGGAUCAGCGGUCGUGAUGUCGACAGUGCUGCUGAGGGUGGUUCCGCAGGACACCCGGUUUUUCUGGGUGUAUUUCUGCGUGCUGGUGCUGAUGGGGUUCUUGAUCUCCUGGAACGAUGCGGCUUCUAAUAACCCCAUAUUCGCGGACAUAGUGCCUGAGCGCCUGCGCACGGACAUCUACGCACUGGACCGGGCAUUUGAGAUGUCCGUUGCUGCCUUUGCUCCCCCCACUGUCGGCUUCCUCGCCCAAGCCUGGUUCGGCUUCCAACCCUCCCAUCCCGCUUCCCCCCCCGCUGCCGCCCCUGCUGCCGCCCCUACUGCCCCCCCUGCUUCUCCUGCUCCUCCUUUUGCUCCUCCCUCUCCUCCCUCCGCUGCUGACCCUCAAAAUGCCAAGGCUCUGUCUCUGGGUUUGUUUUGGACCAUGGCUGCGCCCUUUGCUCUGUGCUGCGCCCUGUACGGGGGCCUCUACUGGACCUACCCUAAGGACCGGGACAAAGCUCUGGCCGAGGCUGCGGAGGAGGCUCGGAAGGGGCAGCAACACCACAAGGAGAUCCAGGUUGUGUCUUGAUGGUUUGGGGAAGCAAAGGAGCUGAGCAGGUGCAUGACAUAACGGGGCAAAACCUAUAUGUCUGUCAUUCUUUCUCACUUUGAUAUAACGCCCAUACCUUGUACAUUUUGUAGAUAUACAGUGAGGGCAAAUUCCUACAGCCCCGCGUCAGACUAACCUCGCCUUAGACGCGAGGUUCCCUGUUAUUGGGCUGAGAAAGGCCCUUAGGAUCUUUUGCAGAGACUAAGUCCCAGCUUGUAGAGACUUGAGACUUGGAGUAGUGCAGCGGAAAUUGAGACAGUUGAAC